UAGCACUAAAUGACUGACAAGGAAGAGCAAGUACGCUGCGGAAGUACUUCUUACAUUGUUCAGGCAGAGUUGGGUGUUCGGUUUUCUUGUGGAAACCUAUCCAAACGGGAGAUAACAGCGGUUAAACCGGCUGGAUGCGGCGAACGACGGUCCGAUCUUAUUCAGCGAUGAACAUCGUUAGCUAGCUGGACGAAGGCAUUUCUUAUCGCACUUCUAGGGAAAUAAGAUUGGGAUUCUUGAAUGGACGAUUUGCUUUAAAGGAGAUUUCUUGCGGUGUGCUAUUUCGGGAAAGUUUUGUACUGGUCGUCUUGUUUGUCCAGUGAGUUCAUAAAGACGGUAAGGACAAGCUCCGAUUGUUUUUAUUAUGGUUUUGCCUGAUUAGAACGAGUGCCAUUGAUUUGCGGUCAUGCUGCACCGCGCUGUGUGUUUUGUUUGCGGCAGUCCCGGGGCGGACACCCGUCUCUACACGAAAACUAGAGACAAAGAACCAUAUUUCCCCUUCCUCGAGCACCAUGAUCCACCAAGGGGUUCGAGAACGCCAGGUGCAGACGGGGCGGUGGAUAGUUGCCGCGUUUGUUACGCUUUUCUCAGACAACAAUGGGAGGCCUACGAGCGCACAAAGACUCCGGCCAUCAAACGCUUGUACUGGCUAAAGCGCUCCGACAACGGACAUUUCACUGGAGCCGAAACACGUCUGCAAGGCGAAUACAUAGCUCAAGUGAUGGGCUUUCAGUUUAACCCCACUCCCGGCACGUACGACGCCAGCGGAGGGAAUUAUAGCCCCCCGCCUCCUGCCCCUCAGUCCCAUUUUGACAGAUCAACCGGCAGUGUUGGACAGAUGUCUCGCAAUAAUACACUUCCCCCUCGUGAAGCCCCAUCGUCAUCGGCUAUGUCUGCAGCAGCUUCUGCUGCACUGAGGCCCACACAGGGGGGGUUUAGACACGCAGGAAUGCAGGGCUCAGAAGGGGUGCUGGAUCUUUCCCUCCCAGUUAAGCCACAAUCUAAAAGUGAGGUUAGCAUAUCAGCGUCCACAAAGCAGGACAGAAAACGAGAGAGGGAUUUUCCAUCACAUGGCAGUAGAAAAGAAGUCAGUGAGGGUCCACAUGGUGAAAUGGCCUACCAAAGACAUGGUGAUAUCUAUAGUGGCAGCACACGCUCAACCUCUCAUAUGUCUAGCCAUCACUCGGCUACUGUUUCCUAUCCUAACAGUAACAAACCCACAGCUGACGUCUCAAAUAUUGUGACAUGUUUUACUUGUGCAGUGGAAUUGCCAUUCUCUGAGGGUAAACUAGUGUACAGCUGUCGACAAGAUGCUAGCGGUAAGGAGCCUUACUUUCCUUUUCUAGAGAGCCUGUCUCCUCCAUCUGGUUCUGUACCAGUCCACAAACACGGGGCCACCAAACUCUGCGUACCCUGCUUAACAUCAUUGUUACACCAAUGGGAUAUGUUUGUGUCCCAAGAAAUCCCAGUUGAACUGAGGCAGUAUAAACUGCCCAGAAAAUCUGAUCGUUAUAAAUACAACUCUGCUCAGAGCAGUACUGUUCCAACGACUGACACUCAUUUUGUCCCAAAAGUAUCCAGUUUACACCAAAGCCAUCCUGUAUCCGAGAUUUGCUAUCUUUGUGGUCAGUUGUACCCAGAUGACAACAUGAAAAUUUUAUUCACACGUGCCCCAAAUGCUAACAGCCACAGAACAAUGUACUUUCCUUUUGUGCGGGAUCUUCCUCGCCCUCAAGGUGCCAAACCUCUCGAUCAGGAAGGCACGGUUUUGUCGUGUCGUUCUUGUUAUGGUCAUUUACAGAAACAGUGGCAAAUGUAUCAGGCAGAGGCCGUCCACCCAGUUCACCGAACAUACACGCUCCGUGCUGCUGAGGGAAGUGAAGGUCCUCCAGGUAGUAAACUGGACUCUGGAGGUGAGCCCUCGCGUCCUGUUCAUAGUGAGUCUAGCAUCAGUCAGCCAUUAAACAUUCAAAUUGCUGCCAACAGCCCAGGACCGAUGGCUGCAAUUCCUGCUCAAGGGUUACUGGCGAUUGCUGCAGCACCUACCGUGACGUCCACAUCGACCACGCCGAAUUAUCAAGAUGUUUCGCCAGUAUCUUCUACCCAGGUGACCUCACAAAUGGCUGAUGGUCGCAGGUCAUCAGGUGAAACAAAGGCUGGACCAAAUGUCACAGUGCCCCACCCACUUACGCAAAUGACAAGCAUACCCCAAAAGGUAUGUUUUGUCUGUGGAGAGAAAUCCAUUUUACCUAACACCCAAGUCCUCUGCUCAUAUCCUUCUAGAUUGGAUGCUAAAGCUCCUCCUGGCCAAGCCAACCCGUUUUUUCCAUUUCUGGCCAAUCGGGACCCUGCCGGCGGUGCAGAGGGAAUGACAGAAGAUGGCACUGUGGUCGCUUGCAAAUAUUGCUACCAUCUUCUCCUCGCCCAGUGGAAGGAGUAUGAAACGUCUGCAACACCAAGCGACAGUAACCGAUGGCUUCGAAAGUAUUCUUUGAAAGAAUUUGUCUGUUAUGUCUGUGCAACCCAAACAACUCGUAAGAGAAUGAGAACAUUGCAUGUGAAACCAUUCUACUUUUUGAAGGAGCACAAGUCUCCAUCGGGUGCCAUCGUUAUGGACAAUGGCGACAGUGUAGCUACGUGUCGUAAGUGUUACGCGAGUCUACUACACCAAAUGAAGGAGUAUGAUCGCAUGGGACUGCCUGUAGAAAUGAGGAAGUACAAUUGGAUACCUGUCACUAAGGGGUCGUGCUUUGACGAUGGUGAAGAAGACACUCAGACGGGAUGUGACAGUGAUGCUGAGAGAACUUUGGGGGGAUGUGACGAGAUGAGCAAUGGCAGCUUACCUGACAGUUGCCAUGACGACGAUAGUAGAGACAAGAUGUUUGCAGGAUUUGGCCAGGGCACGAAGGCGCCACCCUUAAGUAUGCUGAGUCCAGCCACAGCUAAGGUCACACGGACCACUGCCACAGUACCGCCUUUGAACCAAGUGUCGCCCGGAGUGGGCAUUACCUCUGUCAGUGGGAACCCCGCGCUGAACGCUACACGUACGUCCAGUUUUGCCGCAGCCUUGAGAAAACUUGCUAAACAGGCUGGGGAUUCAGAUGACCCUAUAUCUCUUAAGCGAACACCUCCACCCAAUGCCGUGGGUAGUCCUCUAUCAUCCACUCCAAAGCGAGGCCCUCCCCCACUACUCUACAAUAGUUCAGCCACCUCCUCUAUGAACUCACCUCCAGUGGUCACCAUUGCACCCACUCCCAGUCACACAGUGGUUAGCUCAUCAGGGGGCAGAGAGAGUGUGGAGAGAACUCAUUCAGUACACAGUACAACUUCCUCUAAUGAACCGCUGGGAAUUAAACAAGAGCGAGAUCAGAGGUCACAUUCAUCUCACUCCAGAGACGAUGAACCGUACAACUAUUCCCGAAGGUUAACCCCACAUGGUAUACCUGGUCAUGUCACACCCACCUCUAGUCGAGAAGAUACGCGGGGGUUCCAGCCCUACCGGCCAGGCGAAGAUUACCGCCAUUCAGCCAUAGGCUCACAUUAUGGCCUUGACCCCUCAUAUCCUUACCAUCCAGCGUUUUUACCGCCCCAUGCUUUCCCGCAUCCAGCUAUGAGGGUUGAUGAGCACUUCUUGGAGAGGUACAGGAUGAUGCAGCCCCAGUUUGUGCCCUUCUCCCACCCAGGCAUGUUCCCACACCCUGGGGUUCACCCUCUGAUGGCAGGAGGACAGUACCCCCCAGAGCUACUCCACCAGCAGUAUGGCCUUGUCUCCCCCAGUGCCCGCCUUGCCGACCCUCUGCGCUCCCCAGCUUUGACCACAGAUAGGCAAAGGAUGGAAGAGGAAAGGAUUAAAGAAUUGGAAAAAGAAAGGGAAAAGGAACGGGAAAAGGAAAGAGAACGUGAAGCUCAGCGGGAACGCGAUAGGCAGCGGGAAAAGGAACGGGAGCACGAGAGGGAACGUCAAAGGGAAAGGGAACAACAGCUGGAGAAGGAACGAAGGGAACGAUGUCGUUCUCGUGAGGACAUGGAACGAUCUAGGGAGCAUGAACGAAGCCCACAUAGUAGACGAGCUGGUGAAGCAUCAGCUGGGAGAUUUGGGUCCAUCACACAGGGCACACCUCGAGAGCUGACCUUUUCUGACCCCUAUCGGUCUCCAUUCCACGGCAGCCUGGAGGAUGCUCACCACCAUAGGCGGGAAGAGGGUCGCUAUGACAAUCGGCCCAGGGGGUAUGGCUAUCCAAUAGAAGACACAGCAAGACAGCGGGCUGCCAUGGAGGAGCGUCAUGCCAGGGAGCAUUAUCUGGGGAGACAGGAGAAAGAAGCUCGGCAUGCCAUGAGGAAUCCUUCACAUGCUAGUCGUCACCUUAUUCCUUCCCCCAAAUCCACAUCUUCCCAUGAUGCACAGGGAAAAGAUGGGAAAUCUGAUGUACCAAUUUAUCGUCCCUUUGAAGCAAGGGAUCGAAUGCUUCCAAAUGGAUAUAGUUUAGGUGCUGAAGUGGAGAGAGGUCCGAGGCAUGAUCGGAAAGAUCACGAACAUGACGGAUACCAUUGUAAAGGCAGUGUUAACCAUGGCUAUGUGUCCGACAGGACUGGGCCUCACAAAGAUAGGGCUCAUAAUUCAAGAACUUUGGAUGAGAGAGUUUCAGGUCGGGACUUUGCCUCUGCACAAGUAUUUGUCAAAUCUGAAGGUGGGAAGCCUUCGAGUCUGUCAGAAAAGGCCUUUAGGCUUCCCUUGAAUAGUCAUCGUCAUGACAACACUGAAAACGUUGCGACACACAAGGAAUCGAGUGAAGGGUUCUCACACUCAGGAGCUUCGAGGAUUUCAUAUGGUGGAAAAGACGGCUUGUUAGUGCCAGCGUAUAAAGAUGAUAGCAAAACUCAGAGGUUUGAAGAGCCGCCCAAGCUACGUAGCAAACUUGACAUUGAAGAGGAAAGGCUGCGUGAAGCGCGGGCAAAGGGAAUGUACUCCAGUGAUGACAGUGAUUUCGAAGAUGAAGAGGAUGAGGAAAAGCGAAAUGAACGUCUGCUAUUGGUGGCGUCUGGCCCACCGCUUCCGAUGGAACGUAGUCGGAAAAAAAUGCGUUACCUUGGCCAGCUGGGCAUUACAACAACAGCCAAUAGAAAGGAUCUAGAAUUUGACCGUAUUUGGAGGCGGCGAAUCAUGAUGAGGGAGGGGAUGCUUAGUCCUGAGACAGUGGAGAAGGCCAAAUCUCCACCCCUUAAGCCCUGGCCAACCAUCGACCCUGAUAAGCUGUGUAGGGAAUCUGACUUCGAGGAGAAAUCCAAAUUUCUGAAAGGGUUUCAGUUACAGUUUUUAUCACGAGACAAGAAAAAAGAUAAGGAGCAAAUCCGCCAUGCAUGUGAGCAGGAGAGGCUAAGAAGGUUGGGGAUGGCAGAAGAUGCAAGGGAGAUAAAUCAAGAUGAAAAAGAUACUUUAUCACGGGGUGUCAAGAGGAAACACAAUGACCUUACGCAAGGUGACAACUACACUUCUUCUGUCAUUAGUCAGCGCCCUCUGCUGGAUAGAUUAGACAAUACAUCCAAGGGGCACACAACUCAUAGUCACAGCCGGGGAGACAGCAGGUCCAUUUUGUUUUCUGAUAAAAAAGAACAGGAGAAAAAACUAAGCCGAGAAUUUGCACAGGAAUUCCAUGAAUCAGUUUUACAGACCACGCGACAGAAGUCCGGACGAUUAGGACUGAUCAAUAAUGGUCACAGCGGUGAAGAAGAGUUUAGGAACGAUGUCUCUGGGUGCAGUUUGCUUCAGCGUCGACGACUCUUGUUAGACUCCUCCUCUUCCUCGACAACACAGGGGAGUGGCGGCGAAUCAGCAGUGCCAUUACGCUGGCCUGGGAUAGAAGCAGUCCUGGAGUCUUACCAGAAAUAUUGCGAGGAACUUAAGCUGGAGAGGAAAGUCUUAUGGGAGAGAUGUCGAACGUUGAAGUCAGAAAAUAUGGAUCUGAACAAAAAUGCUGAACGACUCAGUAUGAGAUUGUCGGAUCUCAUGGAGAGCAAACAGCAGCAAGAUGAAGAUAGAAACCAGAAACAACGUGCAAUAGAAGAGUUAAAAAAGUGCCUUAAGCCAACAAGGUGACAACACUCUGGUGGUCAGAGGUCAAAGGUCAAUCUAAGUCACUCUCAUUCCACAUGCAGAUCAUCUGAUGAAGACUCAGCGUUUCAUUUUUUAUCCACCGCAAUGCUCUCCCUGGAGGACUUGCUUGCAUGCAAGAAUUAACAUUUUCUGAAGCAUAUUAUUCCACUCUGAGGGAAAAAAAUCAGUGCCACUCAAUCUGGGGAUUUGUUUUGGAACUUCCCCACGGCAGUUGGAUGGACUGGACCGCCAUUUCUUGUUGGCGAAUGAGAAAGGUCAACUCAUCCAUAAGAACUUGUCCAUGAUUGGUCAGCUGUUGAGACUUUUUUUUAGCAGUUGAUGAACUGGUGUUGUUUUUUUUGAUGACCAUAAUGUAUUCAUCAUAUACAUGUAUUCAAGUCACACGUGGGUAUUUUACAAAUACUUUGAACUUAUUUGUAAUAAGGGCUGUAUGCAAUAUUCAUAUAUUCAAGCUACCUUUGGCUUCUACAUUGUCUAUCAAAAUGCCUUGAAGUGAAUUUGUCAAAUUAAUUGCAUGUAAUUAGCUGAUUUUGUGCUUGAAAAAACUAAACACUGAGAUCGUUAUAUCUGUAAAUUAACUUAUACCAUGAAAAGCUGUUAAUUGAGAGUAACUUCUGAAUACAAUGGAAGGUGCAUCCGCCACUUGUGUUAUUGGAGGCAUUAAUUCAACUGGUGCAGUGUGGGAUAAAUAAGAUUAUUGGAAACCAGAAUUGUGGAAUUUUGACUGUGAGCACAUCUACUUAUAUAAAUAUUAAUGUAUCUGGCCUGAAAUCACUUUGGUUUUACAGACAUUAUCUGGAGAAUAUAAUUUUGUUAGUAUUUGUUUAUACUCUUCUGGGCACUCACUGCAACACAGCAGCAUUUUGCUGACAUCCACAAUAAGUACGGAAAUUCUAUAGGACAAUGUUCUGGAUGGCUAGGGAAAUAGCAUGUUCGAUGUUUAAUUUUUUAUUUUAACAAUUUGGUGUGCAAUUAUAUAAUUAUAUUCCCUCAGGCAGCAAACCUCUUUUUCUUUUUUAUGCAGAAAUCUUGUGUGUGAAAUUUAUGUAUAUAUUUUUUUUCUUUUAUAUUUUAUUGAAAUUUUCAGAAGGAUCGUGUUACGUAUUGGUCGGUAAAUUAAAUGAAGCAGAGUUUACCACAGUAGUUGAAAGAGAGAAGGGAAAAAAAUAAGGUAGAAAGUCUCUUAAAUGGACGUGGAUUAUGGAUAAAAAGAGCUAGGUAUGGGUGGCAUUGUCCUUCUACCAAGUAUAUUUUUGUAGUCUCUCUCUUUUUCCCUCGGCAAUCUUCUAUGAUUUUUUGGGGGGGUUAUCGAUUCAUGUAAAAUUGCUGAAUCAAAUGACCAUCCUUGUUAAUUUAUGUCAAUGUUCUGAGUAUUUCCUCUGUACUUUUACCUCCAAAACUGCAUGAAAUAGAUUAAUCUUGGAGUAAUAUGGGUAAUAUUUCUUGUCUUUUUAUUUUGAUCGACGCGUUCGUAUUUUGCACACAAACUGCUUAAUACAUGUACAACAUGUUUUGGUUGUAUGUAGGCCUACAAUAGUGCCGUUUAUUAUAAUGGAAACCUGUGUUGAUGGGCAAGGAGGGGUAUAAGCAGCUGAGAGACAUGCGUACACAUUCACCUGAUUCUGCUUCAAAGAGUUGUAUAUUAAUAUGUAGUGUAAAUGAAUGACAUAAGGGUGAGAGCCAAGUUCUCUACACAGACCUCUGUUUUUUGGUACUGAAAUCUUUACAAUGUUAUCUAAAUAUUUUCUUUCUUUUUCAAAUAUUGUAAGAGGUCACUUGGCACUUAAAAGUAAGAUGCAUUUUGGAAGUUCCACAGUAUUGCAUACUCUCUGCUUUGUAUUCAUUUAAUAGGGUAAUAAUUCACCAGUCACUAAGUUAUCAUGUCUGCCAUCCUCUGUACAUUUUACUUCUACUGAACAUCGUAUGCUUUCAAUAGAAAUAUUUCUCUGUGAUAUCCAUGUUAAUUCUUCGCAAUAGCCAAAAUCUUUUACAUGCUCAUCUUUUUUCUACACCAUUUGCUGCAUUUUUUUUUUUUUUUCAUUUUUAAGGAUUAUCAAAGUCUAGAAAAGAAACUCUUAAGUGCUCUUAAUCAUUCUUUAUCCACAGGCCUUAACAGAGCUUUCAUCACUCAACUGUUUGUCACUAAUUUUAAGGCUGUAUCAUUGUCAGCUAAGGGGAGCUAACUCUUUAAGCAUAUUUAUUUCAUCUUCUUGUUCAAUGUUUGUUUAUAAUAAAUGCAUAUAUUAUGAA